AUGGAUCAUGACCUGCUCGACAGCCUCCUGGACCUGGAGGAGCGGUUCUACAAAGAGGGCUACGAGCUGGGAGCCACGGACGGGAUACGGUCUGGCUACAGUGAGGGCAGCGUAUUCGCCGUGGAGAAAGGCUUCGAGAAGUUCCAGGAAAUAGGCAGGAUAUACGGCAAAGCUAUCGUCUGGACCAAAAGAUUGCCGGGAAACCAUGGUCUCCUCCUACAACCGCCAGCAACUUCGUCGGCAACAUCUCCUCCACCAAACACCAUCAGCAGAAUCUUUUCCUUCUCCAGCGAAGCACAGGGCCCUGGUCAGGAAAAUAAGGAAGUAGAUAUCCCCGAUUCCGGCAUCACAAACGCACGCAUCUCCCAAUUGCCCGCCUUGGCCCCACUACCCCGCAACUCCCGCCUCGAGAAGCACAUCGCCAGCCUCCUCUCUCUCGUCGACCCGCUGAGCCUCUCCUUGGAAAACUCGGAAGACGCCGUCGAGGGCUUUGACAAUCGGCUGAAAAAAGCGAUAGUGAAGGUUAAAUUGAUUGAGAGGAUACUGGGCGAGCAGGAUGCCUUCGACGGCUCAUCCGUUGACAACAAGAAUGCUCGGGAAGGAAAUCGCCCUGCCGACGGAGAUAACAUUGAAGAUUUCGGGACGUUGCCGGCGAGGAUGCAGCAGGUUAAGGAUUGA